AUGGAUAAAAUCAGGAUUCUAACGCCUCAAAAAAGCAAAGUUUAUUCAGAUGGAAGUCAGAGUGCAUAUAUCAAAAGUAGUGAUAAAUAAUUAGGAUUUGAAGCCUUCACCCCAAGCCCUAAAAAGAAUCAAUUGUCCCAAACUCCAGUUAAAAUACACAAUUUUAAAACAAACGAAAAUACUUACACAAGACUUCCUGAAAUGCACAAUUACGAGUCAAUAAAAGUGCCUUUGAAAAGCAAAGAGCCUAUUGUUUUACCUAAUCAAAAUACUGGACUUUUAGAAGAAGAACUGCAAAGUAUGUUUAAGACUGCAACAGAUGAAAUAGGCUAUUUUCCUGAUAUAAAAACUACACUUCUGCAGUUUUUAACCUUUUGCACUGCUAUUUUAGGAAUUUUUGUGCUCAGUUCUAUCAUUUGAGACAUUAUGAAUGAGCAACGAUAUUGCAGUGAGAUUAAUGAAUCAGGAUGCUUACCUUGCCCUCAACAUAGCAUAUGCUCUGGAAAAAGUAUGCAUUGCGAGCACUCUUUUAUCAAGAUUCAAAAUAAAUGCAUCGAAAACAGCAAAGAAGAAAUCAAAAUCCAUUCAAUUUUUGGCGAGAUUGAAAGGUAUGUUUCUGAGCAUGCGAGAUUAGAAUACAGAGCUAGUAGAUCUUGCUUUAAGAUGACCCUCAAAGAAUAUUUUUACCUAUUUCCUCAAGAAUAUUUUAUUGAGAGAGCUACGAUUAGAGAGGGUUCAAACGAGGUUUAUUUCAAACCCUAUCCAGUCCACGCUCAUGAGGCGUCAAGCACUAAAGCCCUCCUAACGCCCUUUUCCUUCUGGACAGCUAAAAAUGAUGACGUCGUCAGCCUAAUGGGGAAACUCACCCGAACCUGCUGGGCCAAAAAUUGUAGCACAGGACAGAUUAACCCCUGCUAGCGCUCAUAGUAUGAAGGACCCGUCCAAUACCUCCCAUGGAGCUAUCUCUGCCAUUUACAGGCAGCAUAAUGCUCCUCCAGAAGUGUCCGAUUUUUGUAGACCUUCCAUUGGGUCGAGGGGAGGCCCAGUCAGCCCAAGCCUGCGCCCACCCCUUAUGCAACUCCCAUGGCAUUUUAUUUUUUAAUUCAGCCAAAAUUUUGGGUUUUGCUUUCUGUUGCCCCUAGGCAUGCCAUGGCGGCAUUUUUAUAUUUUAUUGAAGAAAAAAUAAAAGAGCUUCUUGAUAAAAAUGAAUCAUCAGUCAUUGAGGUUUUUAGAGAAAAUAGCAUUGAUUUUAUUAAAGCUAAAGUGCUGAAAUUCAAACUUGAAGACAUUAUUAUCAUUUUUUUGCAAGACAAUAGAAUAUUUUUUGAAAUCUUAGUCACAAUAAUUAUAUUGUCAUUUACCUUCUAUAAAAUUCAUGCAGUAAAAGAAAAGACGAGGAGAAGUGCAAAGAAAAUUUACGACCUGAUUUGUAGCCAGCUAAAAAAGAACUGCGACGGCACUAGCAACCAUGGCAUUCUUGAAUCAAGAUUAAAAAAUAUUUUGAUUGAAAGCCUAGGGUUGAAAUUAUUCGAAAAGAUAUGGAUAGUUAUCCAAAAAACACAAAAGACAGACUAUUAUCUUAUUAGCAGAAAGCGGACCUCUGAAAGAGGUGAAGAUUAUUUAUGGCAAUGGAACGACAAAUAA